AUGGAAGGUGAAUCGUCUGCAGUGCCCAACUACACUGUAGUGGUAGAGAGUCGCCCUGCGAUGUGCGGGGCUGAGGUGCUUCGGGCAGUCCUGAGGGACUUUUUAUCGGUCCCGAGAUACUAUGAUAGAGAAAUUUUCAAGGAGUAUGUGAUAAGGAGGAGAAGAAGCAAGAAGGAGUGGUAUGCGCCUUCCCUCGUCCGAAUAUGUCCGAGCCUACCAGUGAGAGGGACUGAGUUCGUUUUCGUUGAGGAGGUGACAAAGGAUAUGGUGUUGACGCUGGCAAGCGACGACGGUUGUUUAUGGAAGUACUCGAUCGAGAUCAGCGGUGAAGAGUUAUGUGUGAUUAAGCUCGAGGUGGUCAUGUUUAGCAUAUCUGAGGAGGAAGAGAACAACAACACUGUUGACCCCACACCACUGCAAAGGCAUGUAGAUAGGCUAUCGUCAAUAGCAACUAAGGUAUCCUUUCUAUGUUCUGCAGCGCUGGGGGGAGUGCAGGACGUAUUGGCCUUCCUGGGCACUCGAGAGUUCACUCAGAUUUGUGGAGUAGUGGCCAAUGGGUUUGCAAUGAUGGAUCAAGCCUUGAAGAAUAGUCCGAGCUAUCGAGUAGUAUUGGCUGGGGAACCCUCAGUGCAGAUGUACUUCAAGUGUGAGAGCGAUGUAGCGGACGGAGAUAAGAGCAAGGAAGAAGGCGAGAAGGAAGCGGUCGAACUUGAGGGGCCGCCGUCGUCGUGUGAGUUACAAGAGGAGACUACUACUAGUGGUGAUGGUUGUUGUGAUGGAAUCAUAAAGUCGGCUAGCGUUGGAGAUACGUCUCCAGUCACGGAGGACUCCCAUGAAUAG